AUGCAAACAUUCAAGGUCUGCGCUCUCCUAGCGUUCUGCUUGGUCCUUGUUUCCGCCCGAGGCAGCAAACGACGCGAUGGCACCGUUACGAUAACGGACAGCGAGCGUAGGAACAUUGAGGACUUUCUGUUGGCCAAGCUGAAGCAAAAUUGCAGACAAGAAGACGAUCGCGCCUGUAAGAUGAUCAAGAUGUCUAUUGUAAUGAACCAUCUGUACCUGAACACCCGUAUUGACCUUGGCGACCGAGUGAAGGUCACAGAAAACGGAAAUAUCUCUAUGGUACCGGAUGAUCCAGAGGUGAACCAGCUACUGUCCCGUUCUAUGGGGUCCGAUGAGGAGACGUUCGCGCUUCUGAUGGCCAACAAGUUGUGGAAGUUCAUCCGGUCGCGCUCCCUGCGAUACAAGUUCUCAGAGAACGCGGACUUUGUGAUCAACAGCGAUCCGGAGGGCAGUCUGAACUUGGGCGUAUCCGUGCGCCCCUUGGAGGCGUUGCAGGAGGGGCGAGGUAAGAUGAAGAACAUGGGUCCACUGCUGAUGAUGAUGGCGGCCAAGACGGGAAUGGUGGGAGCCCUUCUGCUCAAAGGACUCUUUCUGCUAGCCGGCAAGGCCCUGAUUGUCUCGAAGAUCGCCUUGCUGCUGGCGGUGAUCAUCUCCCUGAAGAAGCUGCUGUCUAGCAAGAAAACUAUAGUGGAGGUCCCAUCCCACCACGACAGCUACAGCUCCGGCUGGUCGAGGGCCUUCGACGGGUUCGUGGAGGGUCUGGUGGAUGUGCCCGCCGAUGUAUUGGCCAAGGAAGUGCAGCACCAGCAGGAGCAGGCCCAAAACAUAGCUUACAGUGGCCAACAGCCGGGGAAAGUGGCGCAAUAA